AUGGAACAAAGUCAGCGAGCAACAAGUGUUCAUUUUAUGGUCGCUUUCCCAAGGGAAGUCGACGCCGCAGCCGCAGCCGUUGCCGGCUCAUCCCACACGACAGCUGGGACGUCAAGUGCCCCAUCUCAGACACCACUCCACGCUACCGCCGAUGACGAGCCUCAUCAGGAGUCCUCUCAGCUUCCACUUCCGAUACCGGGCCAUUCCGAUGCUUAUUCCGACAGGGCCCCUGUCAGGCUCGGAAUGAUGCCUGUUGGACUGCUUUCACUGAGCAGAACCACGCGCGUUGGACGUCGUUCGUAG